UGGUUCAACCAAAGGUCUUCUGACUUGCCUGGACGCUGAUCCCUUGCUUGUCCCCAGCUCUACAUGGUCGGCUCUCCCCUCAUGGAGGAGGAGGAGGACAUGUACCUGGACCUCUUCCUGGACCCCUAUACGGUUCAGGAUGCCUUUCCUCCAGCCAUGUCUCAUCUCUUCAGCCCAAGAGCGCCUUUAGAUGUGUACCCACUCAAUCUGUCUAAUCCAGAGGCUGUGUUUAGUCCCCAUUUUGGUGGAGUCAAAGAAACAUCCAGUGACUUUUCAUCUGUGGAUCUAAGCUUCCUUCCAGAUGAGCUUGCUCAAGACAGUAAAGACCAGGCUGUCACUGGAAACAGACAUGAAACUGAGCAAAGUCGUAAAACUCAAGAUCAGCAAUGUCAGUUACAGUUGCCUGGUGGGGAGGACAGUGGGCUAAGCUUGAACAAUGGCAGUUCACCAGGCUCCCAUGCCCACCUGUACCCUGGUGGUGCUGCCUUCAACCAGCCCUCUCCAGAAAAAUCAAGCUCUGAUUCCUUACCUGUGGCAUCCAUAGUAUCCAUGACACCAAUGAACCCUGUUCCAGAAUGCUCUGGAAUUGUGCCUCAAUUACAGAAUGUAGUUUCCACCGCAAACCUGGCUUGUAAGCUGGAUCUGAGAAAAAUAGCUCUGAGUGCCAAAAACACAGAAUAUAACCCCAAGAGGUUUGCUGCGGUCAUAAUGAGGAUCCGAGAGCCACGGACAACAGCCCUCUUAUUUAGCUCUGGGAAGGUGGUCUGCACCGGAGCCAAAAGUGAAGAGGAGUCUCGACUGGCAGCGAGAAAGUACGCUCGAGUGGUGCAGAAGCUCGGGUUCCCUGUCAAAUUCUUCAAUUUUAAAAUUCAGAACAUGGUGGGAAGCUGUGACGUGAAGUUUCCCAUCAGGCUGGAGAUUUUGGCGCUAACCCACCGGCAGUUCAGUAGCAGUUAUGAACCCGAACUGUUUCCUGGCCUUAUUUAUAAGAUGGUAAGACCACAGGUGGUGUUGCUCAUCUUUGCCUCUGGAAAAGUUGUGUUGACAGGAGGCAGCUCUGAGCGAUGGCUGUGUGAUCUGGGGCAGAGAUUCAGAGCUUGCAUCAGUGGACAGCCUGCUGAAGGAACCCUUGAGAAUCACUUGUCCAAGUGGAACUACAGCUCCCUUUCUCUGGUCUCCACAAUGGUUCAGAGGCACAACCAACAACCUGAUAUAAACCCUCUCUCUCUCGAAAGAAACUUAGGGAAGUCAAGUCCAUAUUCUCUUAAAGCCUGGCACAGGGGGUAUAGAAGGACAAAGGCCACUAGAACUCAGAUUUCUGGCUUUGCUGGUGGCACAUGCCUGUAAUCCCUUUGCCCAGGAGGCUGCUACAGAGCAGGUUUGGGACUGUAAGACAGCACAAGCUCCAUAGAAGGCACUAUCCAUUAAAAUAAGAUUUCAAAAAUC